AUGGUGGGCUAUAUCAUGGCAUCUAUAUCCAAUGUUUUGCAGCAUCAGUAUGAAAGCUUUGACAAAGCUUCAGAGAUCAUUAACGGUCUCAAGGAAAUGUUUUCUGAACAUAGUCGUCCCGCCAAAACGGAGGCAACUAGAAAGCUAAUGAACACUAAGAUGCAAGAAGGAACUUCAGUUGGUGAGCACGUCAUUCUCAUGAUGUCUCUGUUUAACGAACUGGAAACCCUGGGAUCAACUAUCAAUGCUGAUAUGAAAGUUGACACUGUUCUCAAUUCCCUUCCCAGUUCGUUUGCACAUUUCAAGUUGAAUGUCAACAUGAAUAAGAUGGUCUUAACUCUUCCUGAGUUACUUAACCAAUUACAAACUGUGGAAGGAAUUUUGGACAACAAAAAGGCAGCUGGAAGUGUUCACUUACCGGAGGAUUCUAAGCAUAAACCCAAACGAAAGAUCCAGAGGAAAAAUAUUCAGUUAGAGGAUGUGAUGGGUACUACCCACUCUUGGCAUGGGUUAAUACUGCUCAAUGAGUUUUGGGAGUAUGAAGACAAAACUGAUGGUGAUGAUUAG